AUGCCCGUCACAUUCGGAUGCUCGCUGCCCAGCCGGGGCACUAUGGCGUCUCCCGACAACCUGCGUCGCCUGGCCCAGAGAGCCGAAGACCUUUCCUUUGACCACGUGUGGGUGAGCGACCAUAUCGUAAUUCCCCACGAGGUCGAUUCCUUCUAUCCCUACGCCGCCGACGGCGUGGCUCCGUUCCAGCGGGACAACACCUACUUCGAGCCACUGGCCGCCCUGAACUUCCUGGCGGGCUGCACCACGCGGGUCAAGCUUGGGACGCACGUGUUGAUUCUGCCGUACCGCAACCCGGUUCUAACCGCCAAGAUUCUGGCGACGCUGGACGUAUUGAGCGGGGGUCGGCUGAUCCUGGGCGCUGGCGUGGGCUGGAUGGAGGAAGAGUUCCAGGCGAUGGGGCUUGAUACCUACUCGCAAAGGGGCGAAGUAACCAACGAGUACAUCCAGAUUUUCAAAGAGCUGUGGACGUCCGACCAGCCCGAAUUUCACGGCAAGCACUACGACAUCAGCGGCGUUGGAUUCCUGCCCAAGCCCGUGCAGCAACCACACCCACCCAUCUGGAUCGGCGGCCACACCGGCCCCGCCAUCCGCAGGGCGGCCACCCUGGGCGACGGGUGGAUGCCCAUCGGGCUGCGUCCGCCGGCCAUUCUGGAGCCCGAGGAACUGGCAGAAAAAAUCGCCCAACUGCGCCGCACCAGCGUUCGGGCCGGUCGAGCCGAGGAUGCCGUCGACCUGGUAUUCAGCACCGAUUGCGUCUUUUUGAAUGACACGGGAGACGACCGCCGGCUGGUGUCGGGGAGGCCGGAGCAGAUCGCUGCCGACCUGCGCCAAUACCAGGACCUGGGAGUGACCCAUUUCAUAUUCAGCUUCCCGGCCACCACCGCUGACGAACAACAGGCGGCUAUGGAACGAUUCUCCCGGGAAGUUAUGCCGCUGAUACCGUCCGAAUAA